AUGGCUGCUCUCAUCGAUCCCACCGUAGCGGGCAAUUACCCCGUCAUCCUAGGCGACGGCCUGACGGGGGAAGACUCCAACGAAAUCUUUACAGGGGUCCGCUACAACCACAAGCCGGCCCUCUCCUCAUCAGACGGACCCGACCGCGCCCGCGUAAAACCUUCGGUCCCCGGCAAGACGUCGUCCUACGAUCUCACAUACACCGACGACGACGACGACAGCUACGCCUUCUCGGGGCCCCGCAGCACGGACAAUGAUCAGUACGUGCUGUACUUUGAUCCCGCCCGGCAAGCGUUCAUCCUCGACAAGGUCGACUCGACAUUCAACAUGAACGUCACUCGCAUGCCGGGCAGUGACGACUCCGAGGAACUAAGUCGCCGCUUCCCACACCUCGACGUCGACGACCCCGCCCACCCCAAGAGCAAGCCGACGUCGGCACCCAAGCCUGCGCCCGCCACCGCCAGGCGCAAGGUUGAAAAGAAGCCUCCGAAGAACCUGGCGCUGCCCGCGGCCACGGCACCCGCGCCCGAGCCGGCCCCGGCCGCCACCUCUAAACCAAAGUCGAAGAGGCCGGCCGAUGAUGAAGACGAGGACGAAGAUGACGAUGAUGACGGCGGCCUCAUGAUUGAGUACCCCGAGGGCCCGCCUGCCGCCGCCGCCAAGGCCGCCAGGCACAACGACUUCUCGCCCGCCUUCCCGACGCAGCGCCGCUUCGACGACUACAUGGACGAGCGCGAGUCCGAGGCCGACGCGGACUCCGAGGGCGACGACAUCGACAUGGAGGCCGAUUUCAAGCUGCCGAGCCCGGUCAACACGCAGCAGCAGCAAAAUGGGCACCGGGAGGACCAGAACGGCGCGGCCAGCGAAGACGAAGACGAUGAGGACGGCGGCACCGUGGACCUCGAGGCGGACCUGGAGAACGCCUUUGAGGACCUGGCGAACAGCCAGGAGGAAGGCGGCCGCGACGACGAGAGCGAGAUUAGCGAGGAAGACUAA